AUGAAAUUGACUUUGCCAAUUACCUUGCUGGCGGCCGUCGCGGCAGCCUCCGACCAUAUUGUCAAUCAGACUACGUGCGGGUCCACAACAUACCAGUACACCGGCCUCCAAGGAUACGGGUUUAUUCCUUCAAACGCCACAGACAAAUAUGGUGAUACAAUUGGAGGCAUUGGUAGCUCUAUAGCCAUUGAAAAAUCAUCCUGGCGCAAAACAUCGCAUGACGUAUACUCCGGAACACUCUACGCGAUUCCAGAUCGAGGCUGGAACACUAAUGGUACUCUCAAUUACCACUCGCGCAUCCAAAAGUUUCAAAUUAUCUUGAAACUAGCCCCCAAAGCCUCCGCCAAGAAUCCCUCCAAGCCAAAUGUCAACCUGAAAUACCUGGACACAAUCCUUCUAUAUGGCCCAGAUGGCCAACCAACAACGAGCCUAGACGCCGAUGCCACCGGCAACUUCUCCUACCACGGCUUCCCCGGAAUGCCAGUAGCAACCUACACCGGCGACGGAUACGGUGGCGAAGGCCCAGGCGGACGCCGAAUUACAAUAGAUUCCGAAGGUCUCGCCCUAGCCACAGACGGCGGUUUCUGGAUAUCCGAUGAGUACGGCCCAUAUGUCUACAAGUUCAGCUCAAAGGGACAUAUGGAGUACGCUAUCCAGCCUCCGCAAGCAAUUCUACCCCGACGCAACGACACCGUCAGUUUCAGCUCGGAUUCAGCCCCGAUCUAUGAUCCUUCUGAUGUGCCUGAACCCGAAGACACGGUGACUGGUCGCGCGAAUAACCAGGGCCUUGAGGGUCUGACUAUUUCGACUGAUGGGAAGACGCUGUAUACACUGAUGCAAUCUGCGCUUGAUCAAGAGGGUGGGCCUAAGAAACAGAAUAAGCAACCCGCGCGUUUGCUUGCUUAUGAUAUCUCGGGUCGUGUGCCGAAGUAUCUUCAUGAGUGGGUUGUUAUGUUGCCCAAGUAUCUUGAUUAUACGGAGACGAAUUCCGACAAGGAGUGGAAGGUUGCUGCUCAAUCGGAAAUUCAUCAGCUGCCUACCGGAGACUUUUUGGUUUUGUCGCGGGACUCGGGUUUUGGGCGUGGGCAGAGUGAAUCGAGGUCUGUGUACAGGCAUGCGGAUGUGCUCUCCGUGCUGAAGAACAAGACUAUCACGGAUAUUAAGGGUCUGGAAGACUACGAUACUGCUACUGGAGCUAUAGCUUCGUCUAAAGGUGUUUUGAAGUCGGGUAUUACUCCGGUUGAGUACUGCUCGUUCCUGGAUUACAAUGUCAACUCCGAGCUGGCGAAGUUUGGACUUCACAAUGGUGGCGAUCAGGAUGAGGGUCUCUUGAAUGAGAAGUGGGAGAGUUUCUCACUUAUGCCUGUUGACCCAGAGAAUGGCAAUGGGAAGGGCAAGAAGGAGUACUUCCUGUUCAGUAUGAGUGACAAUGACUUCAUCACCCAAGAUGGAUACAUGAAUGGUGGAAAGUUCCAAUACGAGGACUCGUCUGGUUUCAACCUGGACAAUCAGGUCCUGGUGUUCAAGGUUCAAUUUUAA